AUGCUUUGGCUUUCCACAAUUUGUGUGCUUGACGCUGUUCUCGGGUCUGAGGUAGGCAACCGUAGCUUUCGUACCCUACCCGUUUCAACUUUGUGCGCCUUGCCUAACGGCGGCGUGGGCGGCACCCUCGCCUCCGCCUCUGCCACCUGUCGCGGCCUCCGCCCUAGCGUACUCGACUUCCUCCCCGUUCUCAUCUUCGCCGCCGCACCGGGGUGCGACGAGGAUGUGGUGGAGUGCGCGGUGUGCCUCAACGAGUUGGAGGAAGGGGAGAAGAUGCGAGCCCUCCCGCGGUGCGGCCACUGCUUCCACAUGGAGUGCAUAGACAUGUGGUUCCACUCCCACUCCACAUGUCCCCUUUGCCGCACCGCCGUGGAGGCUGCCCCGCCACCGCCGUGCGUGGAUGGGUUGCAUCUCAUUUGGGGCAAGUGGUAUGAUGUGAGUGAACAUAGUGAAUGA